AUGAAAUUUUUUUCUAACUUGGAGUUCAGUUCCAACUAUCAAAUAAAAGAUAAAAGAUUGGGCUACAAAGUCAUCGUAAAAUCAACCACUAGUUUUGGGGCUGGGGGUGCUAGCCAAAAUUUAGCUGAAGUUCUUAACAAAUACAAAAUUAAAGUAGCAGCCAUACAAGAAAUAAGAUGGUUGGGAGUAGGACAACUAACAAUUGGAGAGUACACAAUUUUCUUCUCUGGAAUGGAAAAUAUACAUCACUUCGGUAGUGGUUUUGCAGUUCAUAGGACAUUAGUACCAUACAUUAAAGAGUUUAAUCCAGUAUCUGAAAGGAUAUCAAUAUUAACCAUCAACACUAGCCCAAUUAAUAUUUGUAUAGUAAAUGUACAUGCACCUACGGAAUUAAAAGAUGAUAAUGUGAAAGAUGCCUUCUACGACAAACUAACUGAUACAUAUGAGGGCAUUACUGGGAAUGUGAUAAAGAUUGUAAUAGGUGACUUCAAUGCAAAAUGCGGACGGGAACCACAAUACUUCUCUUAUAUAGAAAAAGAGAGUUUGCAUAGUAACAGCAAUGUCAACGGUCAGCGAUUGAUAGCGUUUGCAACAUCAAAUGGGUUGAUUAUUAGUAGUACUACGUUCCCACACAAAAAUAUUCACAAAGUCACGUGA